CUUCGAGCGGCUUCCCGCUCUGGCCGGAGCCGUCAGCCAGUUGCCUGGAAACCUUGGCUCGAGGAGUUGGAGGGGGAGGGGGAACAAUGGGUGUGGGCGGGGUUCCCGUGGCAACGCGCCUGGCCUGCAGUCUGCGUCCCGAGGACGUCACCGCGGAGCAGAAUGAUUCCUAUUGGCUGAUUCAGGCAGGGUCCCAUUGUGGACGUCACAAUGCGGAAGUUGGACAAUGAGCUUCAGACUAAAACUUCCUCCUGUGUCCAACAUUUAAUAUUAGAAGCAGAGGAUUUGCAGACAGAAAUCUCAAAUCAAACGUCACAUCAAGAUCUGAUGGAGUCACUCAAUUCAUCAGGAGCUGAAUAUCAAUGGCCUUUGAAUCUAGAAGGAGAAAUGUUUAUCUGUUCUGUCUGCUUCAGACAGUUUUGAAAUCUGUGUUAUUGGAAAUGCACUGAGACAGGCACAUCUGAGUGAGAGUGUUCCAGUGCACUGACUGUGGAAAGAGCUUUGACCAGUUACGCAGCCUUAUAAAACAUUACGGGAGGGACUGUACACAUGCACUGCGUGUGGAUUGCUCGGUUGAUCAUUGAAUCUGGGGCGACCUAAGGACACCCACACUAUGGAGAAACUGUGGAAAUGUGGGGACUGUGGGAAGGGAUUCAUAUCACCAUCAAAACUGGAAAUUCACCGACGCAGCCACACUGGAGAGAGGCCAUUCACCUGCUCCAUGUGUGGGAAGAGAUUCACUCAUUCAUCCCACCUGAUGAGACACCAGCUAGUUCACACCGGGGAGAGACCAUUCACCUGCUCUGACUGUGGGAAGGGAUUCACUCAGUCCUCCCACUUGCGGAUACACCAGCGAGUUCACACCAGGGAGAGUCUGUUCACCUGCACCAUGUGUGGGAAACGAUUCACUCAGUCAUCGAGCCUGCUGAGACACCAUGUCACUCACACUGAUGAGAGACCCUUUAAAUGUUCUGACUGUGGGAGUAGGUUCAAUAGCUCUCGGGAACUGAUGUUCCACCAGCGUUUUCACACUGAGGAGAGACCUUUCAGCUGCUCUCACUGCACAAAGAGGUUGAGAAGUUCAUCCAACCUGCAGGAACACCAGCGACUGCACACCAGGGGGAGGCCAUUCACCUGCUCUGAGUGCGGGAAAGGAUUCAUUCAGUUGUCCAAACUGCAGAUGCACCAGCGAGUUCACACUGGGGAGAGGCCAUUCACCUGCUCUAGUGUGAGAAGGGAUUUGCUUAUUUAUCCAGCCGACUGAGAUACCAGCGAGCUCAUAGUGGAAAGAGGCCAUUCACCUGCUCGGUGCAUGGGAAGGUAUUCACAUGAUCGUCCCACCUGUCGACACAUCAGCGAGUUCACACUGGAGAGAGGCCAUUCACCUGCACCGUGUGGGGGCAGCGAUUCCCUGAGUCAUCGAGCCUGCUGACGCACCAUGUCACUCACAUCAAUGAGAGACUCUUUAAAUGUGCUGACUGUAUCUGGGCCCCACAUUUUAGGAAAGAUGUGAAGUUCUUCCAGAGGGUGCAGAGGAGAUUUAUGACAAUGGCACCAGGAAUGAGGGACUUCAGUUAGUUGGAGAGACUGGAGCAGCUGAAUUUUUUGUCUUUGAAUCAUGGAGUCAUUAAGAUAUACAAGGAGAUUAUUCAGCCCAUCAAGUCCAUGCUGGCUCUCUGUAGAGCAAUCCAGUCAGUCCCAUUCCCCCAUUCUAUCACUGAAUCCCUGAAAGUUUAUUUCUCUCAAUUGUCCAUCCAAUUGCCUUUUGAAAUUGUUCAUCGUCUCUGCUUCCCACCCCACCCCUCAUAGUCAGCGAGUUGCAGGUCAUUACCGCUUGCUGUGUAAAAAUAUUCCUCCUCACAUCCUCCCCGCAUCUCCUGCCCAAAACCUUAAAUCUGUGUCCCUCUCCUCCUUGUACCAUCAGCGAAUGGGAACAGCUUUUCUUUGUCCACCUUAU